AUGUACAAGUCGAUAGAAUAAAAGUAUCAUCGAACCCUUGCAUACUUAAGGAGACCACAAGGAUACUCUCAGAACUUGUGCGUGGUUGAUAAGUCUGUAUGGAAAUGAGACAUCAUCUCCACGCUUCAAAUGGAUUCAACGGACACAGCAUCGUAAUUUCAUGGAGACAACUUGCUAUCGCUGGCUUCAUUUGGACAGCCCUUGUCAUUUAUCUCACGUUGGGUAGAAUUCUUACAGACGAGUGGAGACAGUUCCAAAAUGAGGAUCGAUGUCAAUGUCAGUGUCAGAUACAUUUGAACCCACCUUUCAUUGGAGUUCAUAACUCUGGGUACUCAUCAAACCAGAUUACUGUAUCCUCGUUCCCGUCCAUAAUGAAACACAGUCAAAAAGAUGAUGUGCAGUUACCCCCACUGAGUCCCGAACAAAUGUUAAGUGGCGAAAUUCACUUGGACCAAGACGACCCUCGUUUAUUAAAUCACAUUUGUAAUGCCGUGCUACACCCUCCACCAUUGAGAUAUGAUCCAAGAAAUGUAGUUCUCAGCGAAAAGAACCCCCACAAAAAGCCUGCAGUACAGCAACAGAUUUAUAGAUAUGUUAUUAACAUACUAAAAAACAUGACAUCAGGGUUUUUCGUCGAAUCGGGUGCUAACGAUGGCGAACUGUAUAGCAACACACUUGCUUUGGAAAUGAUUCAUAAUUGGACCGGGCUUUUGGUUGAACCGGAUGUUAAACCCAUUAGGAAAUUGCUUCAACGUAAAAGAAAUGCGUGGAUAGCUCCGGUCUGCCUAAGCACGCAAUCAGUUCCUGGAAAGACUGAAUUGCUACGGUCUGAAAAUAAUGACUUGUUGACACUAAUGUCUAAACUGACCGUUAGCAAAAAGAAGACGUCCAAACCAUGGCGUGGAGAAAGAUUUAGCGUCGAUUGCUACCCAUUGUUUUCGCUCUUGGCAUCGCUAAAUGUCACUACGGUGGAUUACAUCUCGCUGGAUGUAGAGGGUGCAGAACUAUCAAUUUUGAAAACUAUUCCAUGGAAGAAAUUGCUCAUUAAGGUGCUGUCCAUAGAAGUCCCCCUAGGGCAUAGCGUAAAUGGGGAGAUUCAUGCGUACAUGAGCAUGACUGCUGGAUAUCGACUUGUUCAUUAUGUGCAAAAUGACUAUUCCCAUGAUAAUAUCUAUGUUCAUCCAAGCGUUGUAAUUUAAAAAAUCUUAAGGUUCGAAUUAUAUUAAUAUAAUCGCUUUCGAUAAAUAUGUAUGUAUGUAAAAUUAAAUUAUGUCAAGAUUCCGAGUUAGGUGUUAGUUAUUUGCAUAUACGCACUGUACAACUCUACAUAGAUACCGUUAGCGCAAAUAAUAGGUACAUAUAUGAUUAGGGCCUAAAGACACAUGUCAUGGUAUAUGCACGUGUUAUCAGUAAUUAACUGAAAAUAUAUUGCGAGCUCCUGUCGAUGUGAUAAUUUUAAGCUAAGCAAAGAAAUAAAUAUCUUAAUGGAUUUGUCUGGAAGAACUAUGCAAUACUGAAAUUACUUUACUCAUUUAAGUUGUCAUUCUAAAUAUGUGCACA